AGCUCCCCACUGAAAGCCACGCAGACUAACUAGCCUGGUGCAUAAUCAUUUGUGGAGAACGUCAGAGUACAGAAUUUUGUCAAUGGACUACACUCACAGAGUAUUACAUCUGAUUUUUUUCUUCAAAACAUGGACCGUGGAUGAAUCACUUCAAGAGUUUGUGUAAAGCAGAGGAGUUCAUGGGAAAUGUUGGUCAGCAAGUCAGUAUUUGAAAAAACUAUGCAAACAUGGAGAUGGAUGUGGUUUGGCAUUUUGCAGUGCUGCUGAGUGCAAUGGCCCAAGAGAGAAACAUCAGUCAACAAAACAAGGAAAAUCUGCAUUGCCAGCCAGGUUUCUACUGUCCUCCAGCCAGCUUCAGUCCGGUCCCCUGUCCUAGAGGCACAUAUGGGCCAAAUGCUGGAGCUGUGUCCCAAGAAAGCUGCCUAAAGUGUCCUCCACAACACUACUGCCCUCGACCAGGCCUGCUCUCCCCCCUGGCCUGUGGUCCUAUGGCUGUGCAGCCUUUGUCUGGCCAGGAUGUCUGUAUUUGCUCAGAAAAUGGACAGAGUUUUCAGGUGUUUCUUCCCAUGUUUGUUGUUCAGGUGUUUUUACAGGGCAUAAAGAUCAGCACAGCAAUUCCUACAGAGUGAAGAAGCAUCUGCUCCAAGUGUGCUUAUGGUUUCUUUUUCGUCUUGUUGCUCUUUCCUCACAAAUACAGUGAAAGGAGUAGCUUCCUGACUGUCACUCAGAAAUAUUAGACGAUAAACAAUCUGUAGCUUCAAGCCAAGGGAGUUCCAGAUAGUAUUACUUUACAGAAGGAUCUAGUUUCCCCAUGUGGCUGCAGUUGCAUAGGUGUUGACCUCUCUUCUCAUCAGCUCAGGAUCAAGGGAAUGAGAUUUGGCCCUGGUUGUCUGUGGGACAACACUUGUGUGUAGAAAUAUGGUUGCAAAACCUUAGAAAUUGAGGACUUACUGUGUACUUAAAGUGGAUCAGAGAUUGUAAACAUCUCUGUUAAAUGUGAGAGUUUUCUGACGCAAGAUAGAAAACCUUUAUAAAUCCUUUUAAAUCUUUCUUCUCCUUUAUUAUAUUAUUAUUAUAUUUAUGAUAUAUAAAUAAGCUUACACACUUGCAACCUUUGGCCAGAGAUAUGAUAGAACAAAUGAAUUUUGUUGUACAAAGGUAUAAAUCAAGGGAAGAGUGCAAAAAUCAUUUCCACAGCAAUAUUUAUCAACAACAAUGUGAAAAUAGCAUUCAAUAGAAAAAAUACAAGACUACUGCGAGGUUAAAAAACUGAAACAAAAAUAGAAAGAAAGACGGAAACUAGUCUACUGGGGCAGUCAAGAGCUGUGUCUAUGGCAACACUGGAGAAGCAGAAAGAAUUUCCUGCUGUGUUCUCAGUCUGACAAUCUUCUACAUUCCCCAUGGAGACAAAACUUUGAGGAGGGUUACAAGUUUGAACAUACAGCUCAUGUGUUGCACGCAGUUUGUAGGCAAACGGUCAAAUCGGGUACUCAGAGAGAUUGGAUAAAUGCUUAGUUGAUAGUAGCAUCCCAGCAGCACCCCUAAGGAAGAGAAAAAGAGCAGAAACCAUAAGUGAAUAACCUGAUAAAUAACGGAAGUUGCUGUAGUUGAAAGUAUUAUGUUUUGUCUUUGCAUUAAAUCUUUGUCUUUGUCAUUUCAACCAAUCACAUAUCAUGUCUUAGACCUUUUAUUUCUCCUUUUAUUUCCAUAGAGAACUAAUGGUCGUUGCUUCUGUACAAUCGGAUACCAGCCCAGAAGUGAUGGAGAAAUGUGUGUGCAACAGCUGUACAGCAUCUGCAGAAAGGGAAAGUCUCGCACACAAUAUGGGGACUGCUUGGACCAGCACCAGUGGUCUCUUCACUGCAAGGAUAAGGUGUGCCAAACACCAGAGGACUACAGUGGUUAUGACAGGCAGCUGGGUCUGUGUGUGUGCAGAGAGCCUCCUGGCAGAGCUGCAUGUGGAGGCCUAUGCAGGCAGAAGCCAGCUACACAUCUGAAGCUCCAGUGCAGAUAUGAUCAGGAUAUGGCUCUGACAUGGAGCUAUGAAAGUCAGGUGUCAAGCGUCUCAGGCAGUGUGCUAGAAACGGUUUUUGAAAGGUGGGAUGCCCAGGGGACUCUGCAGUGCCACAGCCCUCACAAACCCUCACGUCCUGUCUACCUUGUUCAGACAACAGAGGCAGGACUCUUUGGCCUCCUCAGCGGUCUCCCAGAGGAAAUUCAGCAACUGUUUCCAGACCGCACACAGAGCUCAGCCGACGAAAACUAUGAAGUUUUAGAUGAGAUCAGCGGUGUGGAAAAUAUCAGUGAUGCAAAAAGAGAACCUCAUUUCAGACAGUGGAACAAAGACCUGAGUGAUGUUGCAGAUCAAAGUGUGUUGAGUAUAACUGGAGUCCUCAAUCCGACAACAUGUCUCCAACUGGGGGAUGUUUUACUGUUCACCGUCAGCACACGACAUUACCCGCUCUAUGACAUUGACAAUCUCUACAACACAAACAGUGAUUUUGACUGGGGUGCGCUCAGGCUGCUGGAAGAGGAGCUGACCCUUUCCUGGACUCCUCCUACCUUAUUUUCGCUGGUCUUUAGCCACCAGGGGGUUUACGUCUUCACACUUAGCAGCAAUCAGCAUAAGCACAUGUAUGUGCGAGUGAUGCCCGCAGGGGGCCAGUGUUAUGAGCCUGGACCCUUCUUCCCAACCAUUCCUCGACAUCUGACCCAAAUGGGAAUCAGCAGAAGACGUGAUCUGUUGCUUCGACCCGAUUGGCUGGUUGCCGGCGGACUGUUGUUAGGAGCUGUGGUCGUUCUCUGCUUAUGUGUUGCAUUGCUGAUUAUGUUCCAGGAAUAUGGGUGGCCGGAAAAGAAGCCAAUCACAACGAGGUAUCGUUCGUUGCAGCUGGCCUAUCAAAUGGAUGACUAUGCAUCAAAAGGCUCAAGAGUUUUCACAAUUAGGAAGACCCAUCGGAAUCAACAAGCUAGGCUAAUGAAGGACUCCAUUCAGCCAGCCUGCCCGGAUGUUUUGGAUGAGUUUUGGGAUUAUGAGCACCAGGUGGAUUUGGAGGCUUUCAGCAGCAACACUUUCUACAGCCUCCUGCUUAAACAAAGCCUGUCUGUCACUAACAGGCUGGGGCAGCUCACAACGGAGGUAAAAGAGAUGUAUCAGGGAGUCCUUGGGAAACUACAACUACUCCACCCAGGCAUGAUUGCCGAGGAGAGGGUGGGGGAAGGUUAUGAGAGGAUGAGAAAAGAGAUGGAGAAAGAAGUGGGGCGACGGAGGGCUUUGGCCUCCCAGCUGCGAACUUUGCUUGACAAUCAGCUUGAGGUUUUGAGACAAGAUCAGCAGGCCAAGCAGCGGGUCUACAGUGUAUUCACGACUCGAUGCAGAGAGUGCACCAGACUGCUGUCCAAGAUUUCCAACAACAAUCAGGCCUCUUGUGAGCUUCACCAGCAAAUUUUGACCCAAAAGCUGACGUGCCUUGUGGAUGAAAUGGGGGAGCUGGUGGCAGCAGAGUGCCACCGUCAGGGAGCGUGGGGGCUGUUGGGUGAAGGUACCGGGGCCAAGCUGCUCUGUCCUGACACGGGAACCGUCCUGACCAAAGACGACAUCUUUGGUCCUGACGGGUCUCUGCGUGUCCCUGCUGCAGUUCAUUGUGAUCCAGUCACCGGGCUCAUAAAGCCAAACUCUCAAAGCCACAUGUUGCUGAGCAGCGGUCACACCAUGGCAGUGCCACCUGAUUAUUUCAUUCACCCACAGACUGGCAGAGUUUUACCCAUCGUUGGCAACGUGGCCUAUGAUCCUGUCAGUUCUACAUUAGUGUUUACUACGGACCUCUGUACAGGUGAUAUCAGAAAGUUGGACGGUCCACUCCUUCCAUUUCUUCCUUUUCCCACCUCCUGCCCCUCAGAGCUGCCUCUGCCUUGCAUUCGUCUCAAAGGCCUGAAACCAGGUCAUAGGUUAAAAUUGGGCAUGCCCGUGGCAGAUCCAGACACAGGCAUUCCCGUACCCACCCUGGCAGUAACUAUCCACCCACAGACUGGAUUAGUUUACCCGCUGGGAAGGCUGCAUACCUGCCCACUCUCCCGCCUGCUUCAGCCAAUACAAAUUGGUUAUCCCAUGCUGGACUCCAGGACAGGGAACAUUGUGCUCACUGUUGGGGUCCAUUUAGAUCUGGUAACAGGAGAUGUACAACCAGUAGGUGGAGCGCUACUCGGUGAGGUCUUCACCGAACCUCUGAGUGGGCAGAUGGUGAGAGUAGGAGGAGUCACCAUCAGGGCCGGACAGCUGGUGCCUCAUGCAGGAGGAUAUCAAGCAUUAUUAGACAACAAGGUUCUGGCUGAGAUGCUUAAAACACUGGACCUCCUGAAACCGCUAACUGAUGACUGGGGUUCAGACCCGACUCUACAAAAUAUGCAGAGCCAUCCAGGCAACGAGAAUAUAAGCGGUCGACUGGUUGAUCUUCUAGCUGCAAGCAAGGCGCUUGAGCAGGCCUGGGAAAGGAGUCUGCACUGUGGGCUGCAGCUGUGGACCAGGUUUGAGAUGCUGCUGGACUGGACUCUACAUCUGCAGCAGGAUGGUGGGACACUGGGCGAAAUGCCUCUGCCAGCUUCAGAUAUGUGUCUGCCAGCUCUCUUGGGGAUGGAGUAUCUUGACCCUAUGGGAUCUGGUCUGAGUGUUCCUGUGCUUGGGUGCCAGAGGGAUCCUGUCUCUGGGAAAGUAAUUCCUCUGGCAGGAACCAUGGAGGACCCAAAAGGAAAAGGCAUGUUGAUAAUAACAAGAACCUGCUUGGUGGCGAUCCGUUAUGGAGCUCAGGCUGUGGAUCCAGUGACUGGGCUGUUGGCCCCAGUAGUUGGAGCAAGGCUGGAUGUGCCCAGCAAAAACAUUGUGCCUAUGACAUCUUCAUUCUGGCUGAUGAUGACAGAGCAAACUGAUGGUGUACAAGUGGAGGCGCUGCAGAGAGAAAUGUGUGUGAGAAACUCUUACUGGCAGCAGCAGAGGCAGCGUGAGGAAGACAUCCUCAUCAAUCUGGACUCAGCUUUAUGCCAGCAUCUCUCCAGUGUCACAGAUGCAAAUUCUCAUCAGGUGCAGUGGUCAGGGAAGCAGCUGAAAGAGGCAGCUGUCGAGCUGCAGGAUACUGCACAAACUGAGGUCCAGAGAAGAGCAGCUCAGCACUCAUUCUUGGCUCUGGUCCUGCCCCCACAUAUCUUACCUAUCCUUACGUGCGGCGAUGAAGAGGAAUGGGACCAGCAGUGUGGUUGGCACUCAGCCCUUAUUUCUGGCCUUGAUAAGCUGGAUGUGUGCAUGGAUCAGCUGCAACAAGACAAUGAGAAAUGGACGUCCCAGCCAGGAGACUGGUCCACAAACCUCCAUGCGAUGGACAGAGAGCUCAGGCACAGAGAAUUGAGGGAGCAGUGUUGUUCCACACAGACAGCGGUGGAUUCUGCUCUCACGUCGCUCCAUUUUGUCAGACAUGUUUCUCGGCUGCAUGCCAACACAGCCCAGGCAGUACUUUGUGGACAGUUUUGGUUCAAAGACUAUGGCCUGGUCCAAUGUAGUGAAUAUAAGCCAAACAUCACCAUGAUGGCUCUGCUCCAACAGAGAGUUGUUCCUCUGCUUGAAAGAUUGAGUGUGAUCCUGGAAGAAAAACCUUCAACAGACCUGUUCUCCAACAUGUGCAACCAGCAAAUCUCCGGCUUGUCAAGAAAGCAGGAGUUUUGCUUGGAGAUCCCGUCCAGAGUGUGGAGAACCUCUGUUCCAGUGGUGAAAGGGAACUCAACCCAGUAUCUGAGAGAACCUGUAAAUGUUGCUGAAACCCAGGACGGCAUUCUCCGGACCUGCUCACAACGACAGACUGCAUCGUCUGGUGUUCACUCGCAGGAGAGUCAGCAGACAAAGGACCCUGCUCAGUCUACACAUACAGCCAUCACUACUACUCCAGAGGAGCAGUGGAAGAGGCUGGUGGAGGUCUCUCCUCUCUUCCUGUUUUUAAGGGAUUUGGAACUGCGGCUGAAGGCCUGGGCUGGGAAAGCUGGUUUACUUGGACAAGAACUUAGUAAUGGAGGAAACGGUUUUGUGGAUGUCCUGGAUGCCCAGUGGGAAUGUGAAGGAGAGCUGAUCCCUUUGGACCUUUCAGUCCUAAACCCCAGAGAGUUCCUGGUCUACCAGCAUGGAUUAUUCCUGAUUGACACGCUGCAUAAUCUAAAACUGACUCCAGCUGUUUCACUUCAGAUAGCUGUGAGCCUGCCAAACAACAACUAUGUAAACAACGCCUUCAGGAACUCUUUCUUUUAUCAGGAAGCAGAGGAGACACUCUUUAUCCGCCGUCAGAGGCUGCAGUGUGUCGGUGGGUUCUCUCUCAUGCUCCUUCACUGUCUCUCACACAUUAAAACCAAAGACAUGAGCGCCGACUUUAGUCCAGCCUUCCAGAGACUUUUCUUCAAGACUCUACAGGAUUGUUUGCAAGAGCUCUUUCAGGCCAGACUGAGCAUCCGUUCUGGACUGGAACCAAGUUUGUGUGUUGGGUUUCAGGAGCAGGGUGACCUAAAGGAGGCGCUGUCAGAGCCCCAUGUUGUCUCACUGCUACAUAGGCUUCAUAAACCAAGCAGAGGACUACUGUCUGAAGAUGAGGUAGAGAAAAUGCUGGUGAAGCACAGAGAAACAUCUCUGUUAUCACAUCUUGGAGGAUUUCUGAGAGAGAGAAGCUCUGAAGCCAAAGAGGGACAGGAGGACCAGAGUGGCUGAACCAACAACCAUCAUUAUCAAAUAUUCUUGUAUAGACCCUACAUUACGUUAAGAGAUAAUACUGAUAAAAGUAAGAAUCAACAGAUGAGUUCAGAUGGAGGCCAUAUGAACAAAAUAAAAGGUUUGAUUCCUAUCACUAUCAGAUAAAACUCAAAACUUUCAGGUUUUGAGUUUUGUGUAAAAAUGACCCCACCCCCCACCCCCAAACUACAUUUAAAAGUUUAACACAUUAAAUUAAAAUUUAUGUCAAUGAUUAUAUAAUUUCUUCUCUUUUGUGCAACCAGGAACCUAAGCUUUUAAGAUAAAAAAAACAACAAAAAAAACCACAUACUUGAUUCUGAAAGGCAGGAUCCUCAAUUCAAGUGAAUAAAAAACAGCCAGACCAAAAUGACAAUUUUGCUAUACUUUUUUUCUUUGCAUUUUAUUUGUUUUUGGUACCAGGCUGCA